AUGAAUCGUGUUCUAUUGGGAAUAGUUGUUCUAUCCAUAACCGUAUCUGGAAUAAUCAUAGACAGCGAUUACAAUGUAUCAUCAGAUGAAGAUGAUCAUCCAACAAGAGGCUCAAAAAAGAAUUGUACACGUGAUACACAAAUUAUUGAUAGAUUACUCAAUGGCACUGGAUAUAACAAAUAUCGAAUUCCAAAUGACGGAGUAAAGGUUUCAGUAGAGUUCUGGAUACAAGCCAUUACAUCUAUUAAUGAGAUUACAAAUGAUUUUGAGAUGGAUAUUUACAUCAAUGAGCAAUGGCUUGAUCCGGCUCUCAAUUUUGAGACGAUGUCACCAUGUAAAGCUAACUUGUCCCUCAGUCAUCAGGUACUUGAACGACUAUGGACACCCAAUAGCUGCUUUAUCAAUAGUAAAUUUGCCGAAAUUCAUGAUUCACCUUUCAAAAAUGUUUUUCUCAUGUUGUAUUCUAAUGGAACUGUAUGGGUUAACUAUCGUGUAAAUGUCAAAGGGCCAUGUGCUUUAUCAUUAGAACUAUUUCCAUUAGAUAUUCAAGAAUGUUUCUUAAUAUAUGAAAGUUUUAACUAUAACAAUCAAGAAGUUCAAAUGAGAUGGUCCAAACGUGAUCCAUCACCCGUGUAUACAAUUGCUCCAAUUGUACUGCCGGAUUUCGAUUUGAUAAAAGUGAAACCUUCCCGAGUCACAGAGCCUUAUCCAGCGGGAAUGUGGGAUGAACUGCAUGUUCGGCUAACAUUCGAACGACGCCAUAUUUGGUACUUUAUGCAAGCUUAUCUACCAACCUAUUUGACAAUCUUCAUAAGUUGGAUAUCCUUCUCAUUGGGCCCUAAAGCCAUUCCUGCGAGAACGAUGUUAGGAGUUAAUGCUUUACUUGCUAUGAUCUUUCAAUUCGGAAAUAUUAUGAGAAAUCUGCCACGAGUUUCAUAUAUAAAAGCGAUUGACGUUUGGAUGCUAGUUUCAAUGACAUUCAUAUUCAGUAGUCUACUUGAACUAGCCAUAGUGGGGAGCAAAGUGAAGAACGAAGAAUGUAUGAAAAAACGACGAAUUUCAACCUGUCACAAAAAGCAUAUUCAACAAAUUGAUACAUUUGAAUCAUCAUCAGCAGGUCUAUGUAGAUAUGAGAAACGCUUUAUGUUGCCAAUUGAAAGAACAAAAUCAAAUUGGAGACGAUACAUCAACUUCGAUUGGUUUUGGGAUAUAAUCAAUUGGCCUCCGGAAAAGAUUGAUCAAGUCUCUAGUCUUCUAUUUCCAGCCACAUUUGCAAUAUUCAAUAUUGUCUAUUGGUCAUAUUACUAUCAAAAGAAGUUAUCACAAAUUGCUCAAAUGAAUAAAUGA